ACAUUUUUCUAAUUUACAGUAGAUCUCUAUCUUUAAGCCCUUUCAAGCCACAAGCUUUUGAAAUCUUGAUGUCAAAAUCCAGCAUUUUUUUCCCAAAAAACCCUGGUGCCUAAAGGGUUAAAAACAACGUAAGGUUGGCUAUAUUUUUGGCAGAAGUGCAGACAAGUUGGAGAAUCAAACUCAAUACAAAAUAUACCUUUCUAUAGGAGUCUUCAUCAGUGUACACUCUGCAAAAACAUGGCUGAUAGCAAAGAGAUUGUAUCCAGCAGUGUUUCCUCAUGGACUCCAGAGUUCAUCCGGGAGCUUCUUCCAGCUGCGGAGCGAACGGCUCUUCUCUAUCAUCUCUCUUACCUGUGUCUGGGUGGUUUCCCAAAGCUGGAGCGUCUGAUCAGAGAAAGAGCUCUCGAAACACAGCUACUGUUUAAAUCCUCUGUGGUGGUUCUGCUGGAGUGUGUUAUCACGAGUUCCACCCUGGUUUUCUCCCUGCUCCCGUCGCUGUUGAUGGCUGUUGAACACAAUGAACCCUCUCUGGCUGUGAAGUACCUGGGGGAAAUCAGAGCAAAGAUUAAUGACAUCAUUAUAGCUGUGGAAGACAUUGUGAAGAGGUAUGAUGAACAUAACCAAAGUGUAGCGUCAUGCACCAGUGAUGUGUUUCAAGAAAAGACAGAGACAGAAAAACAACUAACUCAAACAACGGAGGAAAUUAAGAGUCUGGAGGAGGCCGUGGCCAACCUUGAGGAGGAGCUGAGAAAAAGGGCUGAAAACAUAAAUGAAAUACAGAAAACAAUUGAAGAAAAAAACAAUGAGCUGCAGAAUCGCAUCCGAGAUGCUUCUAGCAAAAACAUUGGCUUUGGUAUCCUGACUGCCUUGGUGCCAUUUACUGGAGCCAUUGUUAGCUUUAUUGACGAUGCUGUGACUGGCCCUGGUGAUGCUGCUCAAACUCAAGCUCUCAACGCCGAACUGUCCCGUCUCAUGUCUGAAAAGAGCAGUCUGCAAAAACAAGAGUCCUCAAUCCAAGUCAAACUGACUGAUCUUCAGAUGCAGCUGGCUAAUUGCAAAAUACGGCUGGGUGUGAUUCCCAGUCCCGUUCACCUUGUAGAAGUCCAGAAGUGUCUUUCUCAAAUCCAGCAGAUUCUGGUUCAGCUUCAGAAGUUCUGGGAGAAAGUGGGAUCUCUGCUAGAUACGCUGAAGGAGAAGACCUUUGUUAAUGAGGAUCUCAUUGAGCACCUGAGUGAUCUGAAGCAGGAGUUUGUGACCUCUAUUGAAGAAGCAGAAAAGUGCUGGCAGAGAUUUGGUGAAUGCUGUCAGAGAGCACAAGUCAUCUUCAGUGUUCAGUCUAAAGAUGCAUACAAGUUCCUGGAGAUGAAUCCGUCCUCACUUUCGAAGGAUGAAUGGGACGAGCAGCACAAGUCUAUCAUAGAGAAGCUGAAUCAGAUCAGCCCUCAGGAGAUGCUUAUGAUCUGAGUGAAACACAGAAAACUGAUGCUUCCUUCAUACUUAAUGACAUGCAAUGCUUACAGAUUCUCUCUGACAUUUUUGUAAUACUUUGUAACGUAACAGAACUUUUACAACAGCAGUAAAAAAUAUUUUGAAGGAUCUAAGGAGGAUCCUGCUUUAAGACAGCGUCCAUACAUUUGUGUUGUGUUUUAUUGUCUUUCUAUUCAUUUAUUCUUCAAACAUUUAAUCAUAUAAUCAUUUAUAAUAACCAUUUAUAUACUCAUUUAUUUGAUUAAUUCAUUGAUUCGUUCCUUUUUUUCUAGCCUAUUGUGGUUUAGUCUUAUAAUUUGUGUUGUUUCAAGGGAUAUUUGUCUCCAUGAAUAAGAGAUAAGAUAAUGUCUUUGUUGUUGUGAAGCAGUAGCUUUCCAUUGCUAUGGUUUGUGGUAUUACAUACUUGUUGGAUUUGUGUUGGUCUGAGCAUUUAAACAUAUGCAACUGAGAUUAUUCAAUAAACUCUGCUCCUUUUUUAUCAUCAUCAUC